AUGAAACUUUGGAAAGUUAAUGUCAUGAGAAAAGAUAUCAAAGAUAAAAAUGUUUCUACCGAAGAAGACAUUGUACAAAAACUUGGUGGAAAAGAAAUAGAACUUCAAGAACUAUUUGAAGAAUAUUUUCAAGAUGAAUUAGAUCAUAAAAAUUUUAAAGCGUCUAACAUUCACAUCAUCGCCACCACUGGCAAAAGGAAGACGGAAGAGUUUAACUUAGGCGAAGAAAAUAUAAGUCAAAACUCGAAAAAAGAAAGACUAACAGGUUUUACUUUCAGAUCUACUCCUGAAUCUAUAGUGGAAUAUUUAUUGGAACAAAAGGGACUUAAGGAUGAUUUCAGUAAACCACAUAAACUUUGCGCUAAUCUAAAUAAGCUUGAAAGAAAAGGCCGAGAAGGGUCAUUUUAUGAUGCAUAUAAAUAUAUUUUGGACCAGCAUUUUAAAGUUAAACUCGCAAGAGAUAAUAAAUUGGAUUUAAACGAUAAAAUAUUCUAUCCUCUUUUUGCACUUCAAUCUACACCAGGAGGAGGAAAGUCUUAUUUUCUUGAUGAGUUUGCCUCUUUAAAAAAAGAAGAUCUUAAUUCUUUUAAACAAAAAAACCUAAAUGACCCAACUGAAAUAGUCGAUUGUAUUAUAAAGGAACUGUGUAAUUCAGUUUCCACUUGUAUAUCAUAUAAUGGGAGUUCAGUAUAUGUCGCUAGUAGAGAUGGAGAUGGUGGCGUAAAGGGAUUAGUGAUGCGUAUUAUAUGGAGUUACUUUUUUGAUGGAACAAAGUUGCCCUGGGCUUUCUUCUGUAAUCAAUUCGAAGAAAAAUUUGGUUCAUUGGAUAUCUUGACAGCCACUCAAAGCAUCAUACAUCAUUCAGGAAAAUCAGUACUUCUUUGUGUUGAUGAGAUUAUGAAAAUUGAUAAUGAAAAUCACUCAAAUAUUAUUAGCUUAUUAAAUAAUCUUUACACACCCUACCAUAGUUUGGCAACCAAAGAUAAAAAAUUUAGGUUUAUUAUAACUACUCUUGAUGCAAUUUGCUUAUGGGAUACUCAAACGGCUUUAGGUAGACAAAUAAAUUGGAUACCUUUACGAAGACUUGAAUUUUCGGAAUCAAUAGAGCUAUUUAAAGAGGUCAUAAAAAAAUUAGAAUCAGAUAGUAGAGUGUCUGUUCUUUGCAAGUGCAUAUCAGGCUGUAAUGGUCAUCCAAGAACGCUUGAGAAAUUUUAUGAACUUUUAAGUAACACCACAGCUUUGACGACCUAUGGUUGGGCCGCUCUCAUUGAAGAGUUAACAAAAAAAAUCGUUAAUUGGUUUGUUAAUUAUAUUACAUUUCCUGUAGUUAAGUUGGCUCUAUUAGGAGAAUAUGUACGCUUAGAUACAAUGGUAAAAGUAACAGCUUGUAAGGAGUUGAGCGUUAAAGAUCUCAUUACUUCUGGAGUUUAUAUUAAUUCUGUUACUAAUCAAGAUGAUGUUAAUGAAGUUAUUCCAACCUUAACUCUUGUUAGCCUCUAUUAUUUUUGUAUGAAAACUGUGGAAGGUGAUGAUGCAAAGACUGUUGCCAGGAUAUUAAAAAAUUUAUUUCAUGUAGAAGAUCAUUUUGAUUUAAAAUCAAAUGAUGGAAAGGCGUUUGAAAAGUUUCAUAUGAAUUUGGAGUUGCUCUACCGUGCACUACAUCAUAGGAAUAAGGAUGAUCACGAGGAUAGAACGGAAAUGGGCCUUCAUGAAAUUUAUGGUUUAUGUUUACCCAAUCAGAGUAAGGAGGUAAAAAUCAGGAUUCAACGGAAGAAUAUUGUAACAUUACACAUGAGCAUAGAGUUUCCUUCAAAGGAUGGUAAAAUAAAUGACAGUAGAGGUAUUGAGAUUAAUGAUCACCUUGAUAAAUAUAUGUUUGUUCCUACAAAAUCAAACAACAGUGGAUUUGAAAUGGUGAUGUUUGAAGAAAAGGCUAACGGUGGUGGUUACAUUGCUUUAAAUAUUGAGUGCAAAUUUUCUUGGCCAGAAAUGGUAUGGAGAGAUAUAGGUAAACUCGAUGAUGAAAUAUUGAAUAACAAAAAUAUUAUCAUUGUUGGAAGAAAAGAAUUAGAAAAAAUUUAUUCACCUUCUCUCGUAUCACGGCCACAAUUUUAUGGCGAUAUUCAAAAAAAAAUCGAAAAUUAG